CAACCCAACAAACGCUCGAGCAACCCACCGGCCACCGCGCUGACCGAAACGCUCGUCGAGGGAUCGGACCCCUCUUCUCCCGGGCGCCCUUUCAGUUUCAAUCAAGAAGCGCAAGGAGGAAGGUAUGGGGGUGCCGGAGAACUGGUGGUCGACGUGGAGGGGGCUGGCCGUCGCCGUCACGGCGGCGUGCCUGCUCCUGCACGUGGCGGCGCGGGUGACGGACGCGCUGUGGUGGCGGCCGCGGCGGCUGGAGGCGCACUUCGCGCGGCAGGGCGUGCGCGGCCCGCCGUACCGCUUCCUCGUCGGCUGCGUCCGGGAGAUGGUGGCGCUCAUGGCGGAGGCCACCGCCAAGCCCAUGUCGCCGGCCACCUCCCACAACGCGCUGCCCCGGGUGCUCGCCUUCUACCACUACUGGAGGAAGAUCUACGGGCCGACGUUCUUGAUAUGGUUCGGGCCGACGCCGCGGCUUACGGUGGCGGAUCCCGAGCUCGUCCGCGAGAUCUUCCUGACGCGCGCGGAGGCGUUCGACCGCUACGAGGCGCACCCCAUCGUCCGGCAGCUUGAGGGAGACGGGCUCGUCAGCCUACACGGCGACAAGUGGGCCCUCCACCGCCGCGUUCUCGCCCCCGCCUUCUACCCCGACAACCUCAACAGGCUGGUGCCGCACGUCGGGAGGUCGGUGGCGGCGCUGGCGGAGAGGUGGCGGGCGAUGGCGUGCGCAAGCGGCGGCGAGGUGGAGGUGGACGUGGCGGAGUGGUUCCAGGCGGUGGCCGAGGAGGCCAUCACGCGCGCCACGUUCGGCCGCAGCUACGCCUCCGGCCGCGUGGUGUUCCGCAUGCAGGGCCGCCUCAUGGCCUUCGCCUCCGAGGCCUUCCGCAAGGUGCUCGUCCCGGGCUACCGGUUCUUGCCGACCAAGAAGAACCGGAUGUCGUGGGGCCUGGACAGGGAGAUCAGGCGGGGCCUAGUCCAGCUCAUCGGCCGGCGCAGCGACGCCGCCGAGGACCACGAGGCGGAGAUCAAGGAGAAGGGCAACAGCGGCGGCUUCAGGGACCUGCUGGGGCUGAUGAUCAAUGCCCGCGACAAGAAGUCGCAGGCCAUGCCGGUGGAGGAGAUGGUGGAGGAGUGCAAGACGUUUUUCUUCGCCGGCAAGCAGACGACCACCAACCUGCUGACCUGGGCCACCGUGCUCCUCGCCAUGCACCCGGAGUGGCAGGACCGCGCCCGGCAGGAGGUCCUCGCCGUGUGCGGCCCGGGCGAGCUCCCCACCAAGGAGCACCUGCACAAGCUGAAAACGCUGGGGAUGAUCCUGAACGAGACGCUGAGGCUGUACCCACCGGCCGUGGCCACCAUCCGCAGGGCCAAGGUGGAUGUCACCCUCGGCGACCUGGCGAUCCCGCGCGACACGGAGCUGCUGAUCCCGAUCAUGGCGAUCCACCACGACGCCAGGUUCUGGGGGCCCGACGCGGCGCAGUUCAACCCCGGCCGGUUCGCCAGCGGCGCGGCGCGGGCGGCGACGCACCCGCUGGCGUUCAUCCCGUUCGGGCUCGGGUCCCGGAUGUGCGUCGGCCAGAACCUCGCGCUGCUCGAGGCCAAGCUCACCGUGGCCGUCCUGCUCCAGCGCUUCGAGCUGAGGCCGUCGCCCAAGUACGUGCACGCGCCGACGGUGCUGAUGCUGCUGCACCCGCAGUACGGCGCGCCCGUGAUCUUCCGCCCCCUGUCGUCGCCGUCCGCCGUCCGCGUCGAUCCACGCUAGCUAACCAGCCAACGAACUCUCUCUAGGCCUCUAGGACUAGGAAUUGACAGAAAUGACCCGGCCGUGCUGUGUGUACAUAAGCCUAAUGACACGGAACCGCUAACGGAAAGCAGCUUCGCCAUGGAUGGCCCUCGCUAACUAUACUGGAGUAGUAGAGUAGAUCAUCGGAGCAGAGCAGGACCUUUAGGAUUUGAUGGCACAGGACAGGAGAAGGCGGGGCCCGCGGCCCCCUGCCCGGUCGCUUCCAUUUGUUCUCUUCUCCUUCCACGGAUUCUGGCCGCGUUUGUGUGUACGUACGUACUCCUACAUCACAGCUGUGUGUUUUA